AUGCUACUAUGGCUACUGAUGUCAGCAAACGACGCUGCGUCGGUUCGUAACAAAGAUAGUUCAAUCAGAUACUCGAAUAAAGGAUGUCGUGAACCGAUAGUUGUUGAAAGGAGACCACCUGCGCUUUGCUUCAAUUGGCCGAAUUCAUCUGGUGAAAUGAAUGACCUCGAACAUUUUGUCGGUUUUCUCGACCGAUAUAUCGAAGUUUUUCCGAAACUACUUGAAGAUGAUAUCUACUUAGCUGGUGAAUCGUUUGCAGGUCAAUAUAUUCCAUAUAUUGCCAAAGCUAUUCUCGAAAAACGAUCGGUGUUGAAACUACGUGGUCUCAUAAUCGGAAGUGGAUGGAUUGAUCCUGUUUCACUUUAUGAUUCAUAUCUUCCAUAUGCCAUUGCCAAUAAUCUACUAAAGAACGAUUCAGCGCUUUACACAAAUGUUACUCAGAUAGUCAAAAAAUGCGAACAAGCAGUAGCGAAUGGUGUGCAUGUUUUUACGAAUGAAUGUAACUCUAUUCUCGAUCAGAUAAUGAACAAUGGUGUAACGAACGAAUAUAGUUCAUGUAUUAAUGUUUAUCAUAUACGACAGAAUGCAUCGAAACCUGAAUGUGGAAUGAAAGGACCAUCAGAAAUCGAAUAUGUUUCUGCUUAUUUAAGUCGAAUGGACGUCAUGUCUUCUUUACAUGUGAAUAAGAAGAUACAUUAUUGGAAAGACGUGACCGAUCCAGUUUAUUUCGCAUUUCAAGCGGUUAAUUCGAGACCAUCGAUUGAAAUCUUACCUGAUCUACUUCGACAAAUUCCGAUUCUGAUUUAUGCCAGUGAAUACGAUUUCAUUUGUAAUUAUUUUGGAACAGAAAAUAUGCUGAAUAGAAUGCAAUGGAAUGAGAGAAUUGGCUUUGAUUUAGGAAGCGGCUUAAUUGCUCCCAGCAACCCAUGGAUGGUCGAAAAUGAAUUAGCAGGUCGAAUUCGAUACGCACGGAAUUUAACAUAUAUUCUGUUUUAUAAUGCUGGUCAUAUGGUUCCCUCGAAUCAAGCACGACGAUCGCAAGCUAUGUUAUAUCAAUUUAUACAACUAAAUUCAACUUAUCUCAAUAAUGGAACAUUAGAUGACGAUUAUUCAAAGACUAAGCAGAAAAAGUAUGACUCUUUCAAGAAUAUGGCAUUAGUUUUAACUAUGACGGUUGUUAUUGCUUUCAUUUCAAUUGGAUUUACUUGGUUUUUUCUUUGCAAACUCCGAGCGCAUGAGAUAAUUUUAUUAUGCCAGCGUCUGAGUUUAUUCCGCUCAAAAGAACAAUCAGUGGUAUAUCAACGUUUUAGAAGUCUCGAUGAUGAUUCUGUUACUUUUGACGGUGACCCUUCAACGUGA